GGGUAAUUUUUUUCAUUUUGGAAAAGCUCUGAUCACUUCUAGUUUUUUAACAUCUCUGCCUCCUGUUAAAACCAUAUUUAUAAACAGCCUGCUUUCCUUCCUUCAUAGCCAGGCCUCCUAUAACUAGCUAUUCUCUCCAUUUUCAUCUUUUUUGUUUCUUUUCCCCUCACAUAUUUAAUCAUGGUUGUUUUAUACAAAAAACCUAUGCUCCUAACGCUUGUCAAAAAACCUAUGCUCCUAACGCUUGUUUCGAUUCUUCUUCUUGGAUUGCUUUCUGUUUCCUGUCUGGCAGAGCUUCAGCGCUUCCAACACUCGGCCAAAGCUGAUGGGUCUCUUAGCUUCUUGGUGGUGGGAGAUUGGGGAAGAAGAGGACUCUGUAACCAAUCUGAAGUUGCUCUUCAGAUGGGAAUCGUCGGAGAGAAAUUAGAUAUUGACUUUGUAAUCUCUACGGGAGAUAACUUUUACGACAAUGGAUUGAACGGUGUACAUGAUCCAGCUUUCCAUCAAUCCUUCACUGAUAUCUACACAGCUCCUAGCUUGCAAAAGCAAUGGUACAAUGUGUUGGGUAAUCAUGAUUACAGGGGUAAUGUUGAGGCGCAGCUGAGUCCCAUUCUUACAAAGAUGGAUAGCAGAUGGCUUUGCUUGAGAUCUUUUAUCCUCAAUGCUGGACCUGAAAUUGCAGAAUUUUUCUUUGUAGACACUACUCCAUUUGUGACCAAAUACUUCAUCGACCCUGAAGAUCAUGUCUAUGACUGGAAGGGCAUAUUACCCAGAAAGAAUUACAUUAAGAAUCUCUUGAUGGAAGUGGAAUCGGCUUUAAGAGAAUCCACAGCAAAAUGGAAGAUUGUAGUGGGUCACCAUACAAUCAAAAGUGCUGGACACCAUGGCAACACUGCUGAGCUUGCAAUUCAUCUUCUUCCAAUCCUUCAGGCAUAUGAUGUUGAUCUUUAUAUUAAUGGGCAUGACCAUUGCUUAGAGCAUAUUAGCAGCAGCAGUGAGAGUGGAAUUCAAUUCUUAACAAGUGGUGGUGGAUCAAAGGCAUGGGGUGGCGAUGUCAAUUGGUGGAAUCCACAAGAAAUGAAAUUCUAUCAUGAUGGACAAGGUUUCAUGUCAGUGCAAAUGACUCAGACUGAGGUUGACAUCAAAUUCUAUGAUGUUUUUGGCAAUGUUUUGCACAAAUGGAGCACUUCCAAGCAACUUUCUCCUGCAAUGUGAGGAAAGUUAAUCGCAUGCUUCUAAAACACCUUGAACAUCAAAUUGCUUCCUGCAUCAUCAGAGCUACUAGAGACAACAGAGGAAGGGAAAAGCAGAGGAGAGACACUUUGUUCUAUUAUGUAUUUAAUUUGUCAAAACCCAACUAUUUAGAUUAAACUAAUUUUUACAUUGGGGUCCUUCUCACUUCUCACUAAGGGAAGGUUUGGGGUGUGUUGGCCCGUUUAUAUGAGAUUUCAUCUUAAUCCAAAAUAAUCGAUUUUAAAAUUAAUGACGUGUCCUGUUUUUAAAUAAAAAAUUAAAAUAACCUCGUAGGUUC